GUGACAAAGAAGCUGAAGAUGGGUGGUGGAGAGAGGUAUAACAUUCCAACUCCUCAAUCUAGAAAUGUUACUAAGAACCCACAACAACUUAACAGACAGAAGACCAAGGAUCAAAAUUCCCAGAUGAAGAUUGUUCAUAAGAAAAAAGAAAGAGGACAUACUUAUAACACAUCAGCAGCUGCAUGGCAGGCCAUGCAGAAUGGGGGAAAGAACAAAAAUUUUCCAAAUAAUCAAAACUGGAACUCUGGCUUGUCAAGUCCCAGCUUACUUUUUAAGUCUCCAACCAACCAGAACUAUGCUGGAGCCAAAUUCAGUGAGCCACCAUCACCAAGCGUACUUCCUAAACCACCAAGCCACUGGGUUCCUGUCUCCUUUAACCCUUCUGAUAAGGAAAUAAUGACAUUUCAACUUAAAACCUUACUUAAAGUCCAGGUAUAAAGUAAGAUAAAGUACUAAUGUUUAAAUUUAGUAAUAAUUAAGGGUAGUUGUCAGUUGUUUCAUACCAAAUUCACUAGACUUCAUCUGGUUUUGUGUUGUGCACUGUGAUAUGUAAUGGUAUUAUCAGUGCCACUUAAAAUAACUAAAUUACUGAUAACCCUACUUUUUAUCAAGUGUUCUCAAUUGCACAGCUCCUAGGUGAAACCAAGUUUAGAUUUGGGAAAUGGUAAAGGAAUCAACUUUUUCUAUUGCUUGUUUGGGUAGAAUACUGAUUGAAGACUAUCAAGUCAGAAUUACUUGCUGAAAGCCAGUGAAUCUGAUUAUAAGCAUCUUAAGACAGGAAAUGAGAAUUAGUUGAGUAUUGAAAGUUUUGUGUCCUAGAAACACCACCAGUAAUAUGCCAACAAUCUGAUGUACUGCCGAAAGAAAAUGUGAAUUUUCCUUACGGAAUACUUGCAGUUUAGUGAUCCGAUUGGUGGUGAAUGUGGAAGGGGCACUAGGAGCAAUUCAGAAUGAACAGUGUUUCUCAUGUGCAGUGGAUAAGUGACUGCAAAAAAAGUGCCAAAACCAUUUUUAUAGAAUCAAUUGGUGGGCAGAGUAGCUUUCAAAAUGCAUUUUUUUUUUUUU